AUGUCCAGAAUAAGCAACGAAGAGUUCUUGACCUCAGUCACCUCCCUUUUACAGCAGUCUGGCGGGAACUCAUCCGUCUACUUCACCCAGAAGCGCUUGCUUCCAUUCGAUGAGGUGGAGGGCCAGCUGGUCUCUGCCGAUUCUACAUACUCCGUGUUGUUGAGAGCCACUGAUGGUGGCUCAAAGAAGAGCAAGAACAGAAAGUUAAAGUUCUCCACUGUGAUUGAGUCCGAUAAGUUGGAUUCCUUCUGGUCUGAAUACGCUAAUGUGUUGAAGAAUGGAAUGACCGGUUUGAAGAAGAAGGAGAAGAAGAAGAGUAAGAAGACCAAGAAGACUGGCGUGAGCAAGUAA